ACAACUCCAGAGACGAGCAGAACGGGAGAGAAACAGUCUGCCUGCCAUCCCAACAUGAGUGAUCAACCAACCAAGAUGACGGGGAAAGUGGCAUUCUGUGCAACAUUAAGUGACAAUGGGGCCUAUGGACCCUUCGGACAACCCAAAGAUGUGCCCUUCAACAAAGUGAUUACAAACAUCGGCAACUGCUACAACGGCUCUACAGGUGUCUUCACUGCACCUGUUGACGGUGUUUAUUAUUUCAGCUUCUUCUAUCAUGCUGGAGGAAACCGUCCAUCAGGGCUGCAACUGGUCAAGAACUGCCAGAUGAUCGUUCAGUCAGGUGAUCAUGCAUCAAAAUGUGACACCGCUGAUAACGGAGGAAAUGUAGCUGUCCUGCAGCUGAAUCAAAACGACAGAGUUUAUGUGCAACUACCUGCAACCUGUCAUGUCUGGGGAGGUGGAGACUCCACCACCUUCAGUGGGUUUCUGCUCAGUUAAAUUUGAGGAUGGAUGACUCCAGAUGAUUCCAACAACCUGAGAUCAAUGAUGAACCUGAUCUGUUACCAUUCAAAUGUGCAUUUAGACUAAAAUGGCUGCUGAAAUUGAAAUUGUGCUUCGAUAUUACACUGCUUAUAUACACUUUAAGUGAGGCUCACAGGGACUUACCAUGAUUUUGUCCCCUUGCGUCUGAUCUGCAUUUAAUUGGCUGUUUAAAGUCGAAUCUACUCAAAUCAGAUUUACUAGAUGAAACUCAAAUAUUGAAUAUUAAAUCAUUGAUCUCAGGUGUGAGGGAACCUCCUGAGUUCUUUCCAGUAUACUUCAGCUUUUGCUUGCUGUCUUAUAUAUCCACCGUGAUAUUACAAUGUUUAAGUUGUUGGGAAACUAAAUACAAGUAAACUCAUUAUAAAGGAGUUGAGCCUGGAGGGGGUUCAGACCUCUUCCUGUGUGUCUGUACAACAAGAGGAAAUAUGUGUGGAGGAGUUUAAGGAGCAGGUGCAGGUGGAGGAUGUUUGAGAUGUUGUGAUGUACGAAGGAGGAAGAACAAUGUGUCUUCAACCUGGAAAAUGUCACGACCAGGUAAAGAAAGGUUGAAUAACAGCUUGAGUGAAAUCAUGUCCAUCCUGUUGUUGUCUACAGUUAAUGUGUGUUAUCUCAAAGUGCUGUAAGAAGUGAGGAGAGACUGCCUCUCCUCAGUCAUGUCUGUGUUCUGCUGCUGACGGCUGCUAAUGCAACAAUAAACAUCUACUGAGCA